AAGAAAUCCUGAUGCUCGCAGAGACGCAGACUCGGAUCGAUAAAAACUCGCCGAUCCCUCCUCGCUUCUCCACCUCCCCCUUCUCGUCCCGACCCCGGCCGCCGCUACACCUCCAAACCCUAGCUAGGGUUUUGCCCAGCCAUCCCCUUCUCGCCCCCAUGGAUCCCUUCUCCAAGAAGCGCAAGCCCGACGAGAACGGCGCCGCCACCGCCUCCCCCGCCGGCGGGGCCGCCGCGCUGGGUCUCACCCGCGACGACGUCCUCCGCCUCCUCGAGCCGCUCUCCCGGGACCAGCUCGCCGACAUCGCGGCCGCCGCCGCGCUCGUCUCGGCGCACGCGCUCGACGCCGUGCGCGCCGCCGCCGACCGGGACCCGGCCCUCCGCAAGCUAUUCGUGCGGGGGCUCGGGUGGGAGACCACCUCCGACUCGCUCCGCGCCAUAUUCUCCGCCUACGGCGACCUCGAGGAGGCCGUGGUCAUCACCGACAAGAAUACGGGGCGGUCCAAGGGCUACGGCUUCGUCACCUUCCGCCACGCCGACUCCGCGGUCCUCGCGCUCAAGGAGCCAUCCAAGAAGAUCGACGGCCGCAUGACCGUCACGCAGCUGGCUGCCGCCGGCGCGGCCGGAGGGCCGUCCGGUGGGGCCGCGGGCAGCGGUGUCGCUCCUGUGGCAGAUGUCUCCCUUCGAAAAAUCUUUGUCGGCAACGUCCCUGCCGACAUGUCGUCCGAGCGCCUCCUUGCGCACUUCGCCUCUUAUGGCGAGAUCGAGGAGGGGCCGCUGGGUUUUGACAAGCAGACGGGCAAGUUCCGUGGCUUUGCCCUCUUUGUUUACAAGACGCCUGAGGGUGCGCAGGCCUCGUUAGUGGACUCGGUUAAGGUAAUUGAGGGCCACCAGCUUGUAUGCAAGCUCGCAAUAGAGGGGAAGAAGGGGAAGCAGGGGCAAUCACAACAAUCUGGGGCUGCCAACCAGCAGCAGCAGCAGCAGAUGAUGCAGGGUGGUCCACAGGAAAUGCAGGGAGGGCUUGGGCUUGGGCCUGGGCCGCAGAUGGGAGCGCAGUAUGGUGGCCCUGGGAGUGGUCUGUCUUCAUUUGGUGCAUUUGGUGGUGUUGGUGGCGGGUUUGGGGGUCCAAACCCUUAUGGAAACAUGCCAUCUUCCAUGGGUGGAGGGAGCACAGGUGGUUUAGGCUCAAUGGGAGGCCAGGUGCCUACCGGGUUGGGUGGGGCUGGGGCUGGCGCAUUUGGGCCUGGUGGAUUGGGUGGUGGCUCGUUUGGUGGAUCGUCUCAGUUUGGUGCUGGUGGGAUGGGGGCUUAUGGCGGUAUUGGAAUGGGCGGAGGUUCCAUGUACCGCAUGCAACAGGGAGGAGGUGGGCUGCCUGCAGGUGCCUUUGGUGAAGGAGGGAACUACCCCCUUCCAGGGUCUGGUUUCCGCGGCCAGGACCCUCAAGGUGGGAUGUCACCUGGGCCAGGUGGCAGGGCUCCUCCUAUGUACCCCAAUGUGCCGCCUUAUUUCUAAGUGAAUGUAUGACUCAGGUGUGUGACAACUCUUGGGAGCAUAUGCUUUACAAUGGUUGUGCUGAAUUCACAUGGAUGUCUUGCAUAUUCUGGCUAGUGGCUACUUCUGAUCUGGAUUCUGGAAUGAGUUUGCACUACCAAUUUUCGAUGUUGGAUAAAUCAAGCUAGUUUAGUGUUUCUUGAUAAUGUUUCACUUGUACUUCCUUAUGACUGCUUUGCAGUUUUCAGUUUACAUAGAUAAGUGAAGUUGCACUUAACUCUAUGGUGUCUUGUCUAUUCUCGUAUUAUCAUAUGAGAUUCCUUUGUUAUCAUUGGCCAGUGAUCUGUUCAAUCUUGGUUUUUAUUAGUGGAGACAUGCUUGGUGAGUUGUGGGCUGUUUGUAUGUAUGAUCUAUGGUUGUAAUGCAGGCUUCUUUUUUCCUUUUAAAUUUAUAGUCCGUUUACAGAACGCUGCAUACCUUCUCCAAAAUAAAUCCUAAAGCUAUAGAUUUAUCUUUGUUUCUUGAAGCUUGGAUAGUGGCUAAUUACUAAAUGAUUUUGUCAGCAGAUUUUUUGCUUUUGCCUUAUGCCAUAGUUAACUAUUUAGCUGUGUAGCUUGGGGAAUCAGCUAAAUAGAAUUGUUAACUAGGUGAUAGAUAAACCAGCUAUUGAAACAGGGCCUCAGCUAGCAGCUAAUAGUUAGCUCUAAAGGAUGACCUUAGUCACAUGCCUUUUUACCUUAUGAGAUGAGAAUUAUUGAUGGGUUCAUGUUUUCUUUCUCUGUCUUUUAUAUGAUAUCUUGAAACCUGAAGGUUAUAAAUUAGGUUUAGCUUUGUAGCACAUUUGCUUAAUUUGUGGCAACAGGUCAGCUGAAGUGCUUGGUAUCUUGAGUAUUUUUUUUCUUGUUAUCAGACCGCCAACUUUUUUACUAGUCAGCAUGUUUUAUCAUGCUCAAAUUGCUACUCAGAAAUUUGCUACUAUAAUAUGUCUGAAGCUAGGUUUAUACCUAGCUGACAUGUGGUCACAAAUGGCAUUUUCUGGUAUGAAAGCUGUAGUCUUAUGUAAGUUGCAAUCUCCAUUUUAUUGUUUAUGUGUUUGCUGCCCUGGUUAUGCCCAUGCAUUCUAUUGACCUGGUGUAGAUUUUGGUGCUGAAUGUGGAUCCAAUGUCGGAUUGUAAAUCUGGUGCUGAUUUAUGUAGCGAUUAUUGUCACCGUACACUUGUUAUUUGCACUCUUUUAGUUGUUUAAUUGCUUAGCCAAUGUGUACAACUGAA